AGGAGGCAGGGGAAGAUGCUUGGCGUCGGCUGGCAGACGCUGUCCCUGUCUCUGGGGUUAGUGCUGGCGAUCCUGAACGAGGUGGCGCCUCAAGCGUGUCCGGCGCAAUGCUCCUGCUCGGGCAGCACAGUGGACUGUCACGGGCUAGCGCUGCGCAGCGUGCCCAGGAAUAUCCCCCGCAACACGGAGAGACUGGAUUUGAAUGGAAAUAACAUCACACGGAUUACCAAAACGGAUUUUGCUGGUCUUAGACAUUUAAGAGUUCUUCAGCUAAUGGAGAAUAAGAUCAGCACCAUCGAAAGAGGAGCAUUCCAGGAUCUUAAAGAACUGGAGAGACUGCGCUUAAACAGAAAUCACCUUCAGCUGUUUCCUGAGUUGCUGUUUCUUGGGACUUCGAAGCUCUACAGGCUAGAUCUCAGUGAAAACCAAAUUCAGGCAAUUCCAAGGAAGGCUUUCCGCGGAGCAGUUGACAUUAAAAAUCUGCAGCUGGAUUACAACCAGAUCAGCUGUAUAGAAGAUGGGGCGUUUCGGGCUCUCCGGGAUCUGGAAGUGCUCACUCUCAACAAUAACAACAUUACCAGACUUUCUGUGGCAAGUUUCAACCAUAUGCCUAAACUUAGGACUUUUCGCCUGCAUUCCAACAACCUGUACUGUGACUGCCACCUGGCCUGGCUCUCGGACUGGCUGCGCCAAAGGCCUCGGGUGGGCCUCUACACCCAGUGCAUGGGCCCGUCCCACCUGAGGGGCCACAAUGUCGCUGAGGUUCAGAAACGAGAAUUUGUCUGCAGCGAUGAGCCAGAAGGUCACCAGUCCUUUAUGGCUCCUUCUUGCAGCGUUUUGCACUGUCCAGCUGCUUGCACCUGUAGCAACAAUAUCGUAGACUGUCGUGGGAAAGGUCUCACUGAGAUUCCCACGAAUCUGCCUGAGACUAUCACAGAAAUACGUCUGGAACAGAACUCAAUCAAGGUCAUCCCUCCUGGAGCUUUCUCGCCAUAUAAAAAGCUCAGAAGAAUCGACCUGAGCAACAAUCAGAUCUCCGAACUGGCACCGGAUGCUUUCCAAGGGCUGCGCUCCCUGAACUCACUUGUUCUCUAUGGAAAUAAAAUCACGGAACUCCCAAAAAGUUUAUUUGAAGGAUUAUUUUCCUUACAGCUACUAUUAUUGAAUGCCAACAAGAUCAACUGUCUUCGGGUAGACGCCUUCCAGGACCUGCACAACUUGAACCUUCUCUCCUUAUAUGACAACAAGCUGCAGACCAUCGCGAAGGGGACCUUCUCACCUCUCCGAGCCAUUCAGACCAUGCAUUUGGCCCAGAACCCCUUUAUUUGUGACUGCCAUCUCAAGUGGCUGGCGGAUUAUCUGCACACCAACCCCAUCGAGACCAGUGGGGCCCGCUGCACCAGCCCCCGGCGUCUGGCCAACAAAAGAAUCGGGCAGAUCAAAAGCAAGAAGUUUCGUUGUUCAGCUAAAGAACAGUAUUUCAUUCCAGGCGUUCGCCAUGUGGGCUGUACAGAAGAUUAUCGAUCAAAGUUAAGUGGGGACUGCUUUGCAGACCUGGCUUGCCCUGAAAAGUGCCGCUGUGAAGGAACCACGGUCGAUUGCUCCAAUCAGAAACUCACCAAAAUCCCAGACCACAUUCCCCAGUACACUGCAGAGCUGCGUCUCAAUAAUAAUGAAUUCACGGUGUUGGAAGCUACAGGAAUCUUCAAGAAACUUCCUCAGUUGCGUAAAAUAAACUUUAGCAACAAUAAGAUCACAGACAUUGAAGAGGGAGCAUUCGAAGGAGCCUCUGGAGUGAAUGAAAUACUGCUCACAAGUAAUCGCUUGGAAAAUGUGCAGCACAAGAUGUUCAAGGGGUUGGAAAGUCUCAAAACCUUGAUGUUGAGAAGUAAUCGAAUAAGCUGUGUAGGGAAUGACAGCUUCAUAGGACUGAGUUCUGUGCGUCUGCUUUCUUUAUACGAUAAUCAAAUCACUACAGUUGCACCAGGGGCCUUUGACACCCUCCAUUCUUUAUCUACUCUGAACCUCUUGGCCAAUCCUUUCAACUGUAACUGCUACCUGGCGUGGCUGGGAGAGUGGCUCAGGAAGAAAAGGAUCGUCACAGGCAAUCCUCGAUGUCAGAAACCGUACUUCCUCAAGGAAAUCCCCAUCCAGGAUGUGGCCAUUCAAGACUUCACCUGUGAUGACGGAAAUGACGACAACAGCUGCUCCCCCCUGUCCCGCUGCCCCACGGAGUGCACCUGCCUGGACACAGUGGUCCGAUGCAGCAACAAGGGCUUGAAGGCCUUGCCCAAAGGAAUUCCGAGAGAUGUCACUGAACUGUACCUGGAUGGGAACCAGUUUACGCUGAUUCCUAAGGAACUCUCUAACUACAAACAUUUAACACUCAUAGACUUGAGUAACAACCGGAUAAGCACGCUUUCAAACCAGAGCUUCAGCAACAUGACCCAGCUCCUCACCCUGAUUCUCAGUUACAACCGUCUGAGAUGUAUUCCUCCUCGAACCUUCGACGGAUUGAAGUCUCUUCGAUUACUUUCUUUACAUGGAAAUGACAUUUCUGUUGUGCCCGAAGGUGCUUUCAACGACCUUUCUGCAUUAUCACACCUAGCAAUCGGAGCCAACCCCCUCUACUGCGACUGCAACAUGCAGUGGUUAUCCGACUGGGUCAAGUCCGAAUACAAGGAACCGGGCAUCGCUCGCUGUGCUGGUCCUGGGGAAAUGGCCGACAAGCUGUUACUCACAACGCCUUCCAAAAAGUUUACGUGUCAAGGUCCCGUGGAUGUGACCAUUUUAGCUAAAUGUAACCCCUGCUUGUCGAAUCCGUGUAAAAAUGAUGGCACCUGUAACAACGAUCCAGUCGACUUUUAUCGCUGCACCUGCCCUUAUGGUUUCAAGGGGCAGGACUGCGAUGUCCCGAUUCACGCGUGCAUCAGUAACCCGUGUAGACACGGAGGGACCUGCCACUUGAAAGAAGGAGAGAAAGAUGGAUUCUGGUGUAUUUGUGCUGAUGGAUUUGAAGGAGAACAUUGUGAAAUCAACGUUGAUGACUGUGAAGAUAAUGACUGUGAAAAUAAUGCUACAUGUGUCGAUGGGAUUAACAACUACACAUGCCUUUGCCCACCUGAGUACACAGCUGCUAAUCUGAAUGAGGUGGAAAAAGGCGAGUUGUGUGAGGAGAAGCUGGACUUUUGUGCCCAGGACCUGAACCCUUGCCAGCACAACUCCAAGUGCAUCCUGACGCCCAAGGGAUACAAGUGUGACUGCACACCAGGGUACAUCGGCGAGCACUGCGACGUGGAUUUCGACGACUGCCAGGACCAUAAGUGUAAAAAUGGAGCCCAUUGCACGGACGCGGUGAAUGGCUAUACGUGCUCCUGCCCCGACGGUUACAGUGGCUUGUUCUGUGAGUUUUCCCCACCCAUGGUCCUCCCGCGGACCAGCCCCUGUGAUAAUUUUGAUUGCCAGAACGGGGCCCAGUGCAUCAUCAGGAUGAAUGAGCCAAUAUGCCAGUGUUUGCCCGGCUACCAGGGGGAGAAGUGUGAAAAGCUGGUUAGUGUGAACUUUGUAAACAAAGAGUCCUACCUUCAAAUUCCUUCGGCCAAGGUUCGGCCCCAAACGAACAUCACGCUUCAGAUUGCUACAGAUGAAGACAGUGGGAUCCUCCUGUAUAAGGGGGACAAAGACCACAUUGCGGUGGAACUCUACCGGGGGCGUGUCCGUGCCAGCUACGACACCGGCUCUCACCCGGCUUCUGCCAUUUACAGUGUGGAGACGAUCAACGAUGGAAACUUUCACAUUGUGGAACUACUCGCCCUGGAUCAGAGCCUCUCCCUCUCCGUGGAUGGAGGGAGCCCCAAAAUCAUCACCAACUUGUCAAAGCAGUCCACUCUGAGUUUUGACUCCCCACUCUACGUAGGAGGAAUGCCCGGGAAGAACAACGUGGCGGCAGCCCUGCGCCAGGCCCCCGGGCAGAACGGCACCAGCUUCCACGGCUGCAUCCGCAACCUCUACAUCAACAGUGAGCUGCAGGACUUCCGUAAGGUGCCCAUGCAAACCGGCAUCCUGCCGGGCUGCGAGCCGUGCCACAAGAAGGUGUGCGCCCACGGCACGUGCCAGGCCGGCAGCCCCUCAGGCUUCACCUGCGAGUGCGAGGAAGGGUGGACGGGGCCCCUCUGUGACCAGAGGACCAAUGACCCCUGUCUUGGAAAUAAAUGUGUGCACGGCACCUGCCUGCCCAUCAACGCUUUCUCCUACAGCUGUAAGUGCCUGGAGGGCCAUGGGGGUGUCCUCUGUGAUGAAGAGGAGGAUCUGCUGAACCCCUGCCAGGCCAUCAAGUGCAAGCACGGGAAAUGCAGGCUCUCGGGCCUGGGGCAGCCCUACUGUGAAUGCAGCAGUGGGUACACCGGGGACAGCUGUGACAGAGAAGUCUCCUGUCAAGGGGAGCGGAUCAGAGAUUAUUACCAAAAGCAGCAGGGCUACGCCGCUUGCCAGACGACCAAGAAGGUCUCCCGCCUGGAGUGCAGAGGCGGGUGUGCGGGCGGGCAGUGCUGCGCGCCCCUGCGGAGCAAGCGGCGGAAAUACUCUUUCGAGUGCACGGACGGCUCCUCCUUCGUGGACGAGGUGGAGAAGGUGGUCAAGUGCGGCUGCGCCCGGUGCGCCUCCUAACCGCCCGCCCCGCGGCGCUCGUCUCGGGGAGCUGCGGUCUCCUCCCUGACCGCGUGGGGACGCGUGAAUGCUUCAUAGUGGAAAUAUUUGAAAUAUAUUGUAAAUUACAGAACAGACUUAUUUUUAUUAUGAGAAUAAAGACUUUUUUUUCUGCAUUUGGAAAAAAAAAAUAGAAAUGCUUGAACUACAGCUUCCCCGACGCUGGAGAAGUGUGAAGGCUGGUCACCCCGGACACGGGAGGACCGCGAUGGGAACCGCAGCGGCCUGGGUCCCCCCCCCCCCCUCCGAACGCGCCGCCGAAGACCCGCAGAAGCACAGAUGCGUAGGAGGGAGGCCCGAGCUGCUGCGCGCCGCCGUGAACUUGCCCCUGGUCCGCGGCUCUGCGUUCACCAGGUCACGCCAAGCACACGCGAGUGAGGCAGGAGGCUAGGCGGAGGAGUGGGACCCACCAUUCCCAGAGAGAACAAACGGAUGAGAAAUAUUUUGUGCAAAACAUAGAGCGUCCCGAAAACAACCUGGGUUCCGUUCCUGAGAGAAGACGGGAAGGCUAAAAUUGUAUCUUCUUUUUUAAAUGUCAGCAUGUUAGCAGAAGAAGCACACAAAAGUGUUUAUCUACCGUUUUCCAGUAUUAAUUUUUUUGUAAUAUAAAUGAUAAAAGAGAUGAUAAAGAACCAAUAGAUUAUUGAUAAAUAAAUUAGUAAUAAUAUGAAUUUUUGUUUCUAUGAGUUCUAAACAGCCCUAUACAGUAUUCAGUUUCGAUGAGAAAUAUUUAUUGUAUCAAAGUACAUUGUACUUAACAUUUUAGGCCAUCCUUUUUGCUGUUUCUCGAUGCUUUAAUAUAUAUUAAUUUAUAAUUGUCCUGAUAUUUUUGUACAUUUUUCAAAUCUAAAAAUCAGGAUUUUUUUUUGGCAAUAGAACUAACAUAGGGUGUUAUCUUGGGAUAAAUGCGUGUUGGUCUGCUUGUUUACUUUGACAUCUGACCCCUGGUGUCACUGACCUACUGGCCUCGCUGGGGACACCUGCAGCCAGUGCACAAGUCCUUGCAUGAGACCGUCCUGUACAGAAAGGAGUGGCCCCUGUCCUCACCGAACACACAGGGUGUGUAGCAGUCAACACUAGAAGGUAGAUCUUUCACACGUUAAUGUCCCCUUGACCUUUUUGGCCCUUUGGGGAGGGUGGUGGGGGUGCUGAGAGAAAAGGCUGUAAUGUCAAGAACUGUGAUUUUUUUCCCAACCAAUAAAGCUCCUUUGUUACCUUAAUGUCCCCACAUUAACAUGUUUGCUGCUAAAUUACAAUGUAGAAUUGAUAACGAUUUAUAGUGGACUGUGCUCUUCCCUCCUUAAAAUCCCAGGGUAUCCUGUAAAGGCAGAUGUUUCUUUCCAAAAACGUUUUUUACAGAGAAAAUUAGAUGUACAUGUAUAAUUCAAUGUGCUUUGUCUUUCUCCAGACUAAUAUCAGUUAUACUACUGAUGUUUGUAAAUUAAACAGAUAUUU